AUGGCGCGUGCAGAGCCGGUGCUGCGUGCCAAAGGGCCCGCUGCUGUGGAUGCAGCAGCCGUAUACGAUGUGAUUGCCGGUCAUUUUUCAAGCACGCGCUACAAGCCGUGGCCGCUGAUUCCCCAAUUUCUCGCGACGUUCAGCCAUGGAAAUGUGGGUGCGGACCUUGGAUGUGGAAAUGGAAAAUACCUUUAUUUGCGCUCGGCGCUGGCGACGGGCGCGCCAAAAAACCAGCAGGCGAUCCUGACCAUUGGCUCGGAUCGGUGCGAGCCACUUGUGCGAGACGCACAGCUCAAUUUCGGCGACCAAGAAGAUAGAGCAAAAGAAAACGAGGUGACUGUGGCUGAUGCAUUGCAUAGCGGAUUCCGCACGGGCGUAUUUGAUUACGCGCUGAGCAUUGCCACGAUCCACCACUUUGCCACGCCAGAACGCCGUAUGCGUGCCGUACAGGAGCUGGUGCGCAUUGUGCGUCCCGUUGCACCGUGCAAGAAAGAGGGAAUGGGCUGCGGCGCUGGCCGGUUCAUGAUCUUUGUAUGGGCGUACGAGCAGCGCGGCGGCGGGCGGAGAAAAUUUGAUACAGUCCUUUCUUCGGACGAUGCAUCGGCACAAGACGUGUUGGUCCCGUGGGUCAUGACACCACAGCAUACGACGGAAGCGCAAGGAAAAAACUCGACGAGCUCGUAG